AUGGAACGUCGGAAUUUCAGCACUGCAGUCGUAAUUUCAGAUUUCUCCAAGAGAAAACCUGCAUUUUUGACUGCAACAACACGCGCUAUAAAUCUCAUCAUCGGUCUCACGGAAGAUGGUAACCUUCCUGUCAACCUUGAGGAGAAGAGGAAAGAAGCUCUCCUCGCCAAGCUAAAAUCGGCUGAUACUUCAUUUGCUUCUUCUACGAGCAGCUCACCAUCGUGUUCCCAGAUUGGUUCUAGCUUGCCGAAAGAAAAGGAACAAUCUGCUCGUUGCAUGGAUUCUCCUCCUGUUGUGAUUCUUGAUGCAUCUCCACCUUCAGUACAAAUGAUUGAAUACCCAGAGCCUCCAUCUGUUCAAGUGAUUGAGAGCGGAAGUCAGAUUUCGCCGACCUGCGUCCAACAGACGCCCGUUGAGUUACCUGCGCAGCCAACCGAAGAGCUUGGGCGUAAAACACAGGCUGAAAGUCAUGCCCGCUCAAUGAGAACUGAUAUGGUCUCUAUGGCUGAGGCUGACUUAAUCGAUGAAAUCGAUGGACUUGUGGAGUCAUCUAGUGUAACUUGUGAUGAUGAAGUGGCAUCAUCCUCACAGGAGAAAGAUUCCAAUGUAUCAAAUAGCGAAAAUGGAGUCACGAAUGACUUCGCUGAAAACAAUGCGGCUAGAACAUCCGUUAUUAUCUCCGGUAGACCGUCCACAGAAGUGUUGAAGGAACAAUUACAAUGUGAACUCUGUUGUCUCACGAUGCGUUCUCAUGCCGAUCUGGAGCUGCAUUUGAAAUGGCAUACUGAGUUCCCCUCGUUAUGCUAUCUCUGUGAACCUGCACUUGGCGGUUUGGAAAAACCGGAGCAACUACUGGAACACGUAAAAGCAAACCAUACCCUUCCUGCAGAGUCACCGAAACAGGAUGGCAUUCCAUAUGUUGUAUGUGUUUUUUGCAACUUUCAAGUGCGAAGUAGCAGUUUCAUGGCCCAUUUGGUUUCGGACUGUUACAUGGCACCAUGUCCCCUAUGUGGUGACAAACUCGUCCGAAGAAAUGAUCGUGUUAAUCAUAAAAAGGCUCACAAAAAGGUUUCAGAGAGGUUUCUCUGUGAAUGCCGCCGUGGAUAUGCGACCAUUACUGCUUUCAAGGAGCACAUAUGCCGAAGCAAAUCUGUUCCAGUAGUUAAUUGUACGUGCUGUGAUGCUAAGUUUAGCGCUGCACAAAUCGGGCAAGCUAAGGCUAUGAAGGACGGUGUACUCCAUUUCAUUAAAAAGCAUACAAAGAAUCUCUACUGCUUUCCCUGUAAAAAUGAGCCACUUGAAGCUCUCACGGAACACGCUCGAAGCCAUCUGAAAGAAGAAAGCGAAAUGUGGACUCCUAAGCCAUGUCUCCAUAGCUGCUCAGAAAUGGGCUUGCUCAACAAUUCGAUCGAGUAUCCUCAGUUCCCUCUUCAAUCGAAGAAACGAAAUAAAUCAUCUCCAGGUGCCACGGUACAAGAUCAACCGGAUAAUACUGAGGCAAAAGAAUCAAGCUCAAGUUCACAGUUGCCAGCCCCUUCAGAAGAAGUGAGUGGUGAAGAAGAAAUGACGGAGCACAGUGCUUGGGACGGAGACGAUUUACAUCAAAGUGAAAGUAGCAACUCUCGAGAUGGGAAUUCCCCUUCAUUGCUAGAGAAGCAACGCCAAGUUCUUGCUAAUCUAAUAGAUGAUUUGGGACCUCCACCUUCUGUCAUUGUCAUAGAAAAUGGAACGGCUUCGGUGCGAGAAGAAAAGGAGGAAGAGCCAAGUGCUGUUCCUAAAAGUUCCGUUGCCGAUGAUAGGCGGAUGUCAUCAUCCUCGACUGCUUCCCCGGUGGUGCAUUACGUCAAUGAAGGAGACGAUGAUUGCAUGAUGCUCGACGUGCUUGAAUUGCCAACUGGCAUCACGUCUCAAUCGGUUACUAACCAGCGAGAGAAGAAAUUCAAGUGCUCCAUGUGUAGUGAAAUGUUCCUCCGACAAUCAACCUGUCAGUACCAUGAGCAGACUUCUCAUCGAAACGACAUAAUAUCCGACAUCUGUGAUGAGGUACCUUCGUUUCACUUUUCUUGA